CAUUGCGUGACGCAAGCUGGUACCUGUUCGCUGCGUUCUGCAUAGAUAUGUCAAACACAUCUGACAAAGAAAAACGUAAACAAACAUAAAUAAAACAGAUAAUGGUUUGGUUUAGAUAAACGGAGUGAUAGAUUUCUUUACUGAUUGCUGCUAAAUAAACCAUUAAAUUAAAUUGUUUGAAACAUCACUAAUUGAAAUAAAGGAUGUUCGACGAGAUUAUCUGUAGCAUUGUUGCAGAACCUAACCUGGUACUUCAGUAUUUUCUUGCAAAACGACGUCGAUCUAAUGCCAGUAUUAAGCAAAUUUAUGCCGACAGGACGAAGUAUGGAGAGUUCCAUACUCUAUUCAACCAGCUCCUGGAAGAUGAAGUUUCUUUUUUUCAAUAUAUGAGGAUGCCUAAAGAAACAUUCUUUUACAUUCUCAAUAAAAUUGCCCCAAGCUUAGCGAAAAAGAAGCGGAAUAUUCAACAUAUUUCUUUAGAAGAACGGUUGAUGGUCACAUUAAGAUUCUUAUCUACUGGAACAAAUUUUCGGGCUCUGUCAUUUGAUUUUAGGAUCUGUCAUAAUGCAAUAGCUAAAAUAGUGUAUGAAACUUGCGAUGCUAUUUGGAAGAUGAUGAAAGACGAAUUCAUGCCGGUACCAACAACUGAAAAAUUUCAACAAAUUAGCAGAGAGUUUUGGCAAAAAUACAAUUUUCCCAACAUCGUCGGAUGCAUCGAUGGCAAGCAUGUGAUGAUCAAAGCACCGGCUAAUAGUGGAUCAGAUUACUUUAACUACAAAAAGUACUUUUCUUUGCAUCUACAAGCUGUCGCUGAUGCACAUGGAAAAUUUAUAUUUAUCGAUGUAGGUGAAUAUGGACGACGUAGUGACAGUAGGGUGUUUAAUAGCUCGUCAUUGUACCAAGCAAUAGAGAAUGGAGAGCUAAAUAUCCCCCCAGCGAAACCACUUCCAGGGUCAAUUGAACCUAUGCCAUACGUAUUAUUAGGGGACCAAGGAUACCCUUUAAAAACAUAUUUGCUCAGACCCUAUCCAUUUAAUAAUUUAUCGGCAGAGCAAAUUAGGUUUAAUUUUAUGCAUGCAAGAGCGAGGCGGAUUAUUGAGUGUGCUUUUGGCAUACUAGUUACGAGAUGGCGGUGUCUAAUGACGGAGCUUCAAAUGACUCCUGAUCAUGUAACAAUUAUUGUACAAGCAUGCUGUUUGCUGCAUAAUAUUUGCUCAAAUGUAAUAAAACCACGCAAAAUCCUACGAUGGACAAAUCCAACUGGUAUUACCGUAAACAGAAAUAGUCAUAAUCAUCCCUCACGCGAUGCUUAUAGGGUGAGGGAGAUUUUCAAAAAUUAUUUCUUUGAAAAUGGUGUUUAAAAUUCACCUUAAAUUGGAUAUGUACGUAGAUUCAAGUAAACCUAUAACAGAAAAUAAGUACGAACAAUAAAAGCAUUGAAUUUCCCCCCAUAGUCACAGUUCAUUCACAACUCUACAAUGCAAAUUUAAGAAGCUUUUAAUUAAAUUUUACUGGUGUAGGCUGGAUGCUGGAUUCCGGCGUUCAUUCCACAUCCUAAAAAAGCAGGUAAAUAGUAAGCACCUAUCCCAAUGGUUAAAGAAGAGAAUAUACCUUUAUUGUACUGGUACUCAAAUGUACAUUUGAGACACAGGCAAAUCUUUCAAGAAAAAAAUCCUCUGACGAAAUGGAGGAUCCGAUACAUCAAUAUGCUACACUGGGUAUUCAAAAUCAAACACUUCUUCGAAAUUCACAUCGCAAUCCGACUGCUCUUUCUACUUAACGAUGCAUUUUUACCUUAAAUUAGAGUACUGUGUUUUAUCCUUUUUUACUUCCCUUCAAGAAAGAAGAGAGAAAACAAAAUUCGAGUAGGAGGCACUUCUCCGGUCUUGAUCUACGGUCUACGAAGUCAGAGUCGGUUCUCGGGACAGGUAUGCAAGCAUCCUAACACCGAUAAAUAUCUGCCUUGGUGGCAUCACACCAACGCCAGUAUCCACUUCAAAGAUUUUAGUAAGCGACAGCAGUGGAUAAAUUAGAAGUGUCCGAUUUCGAACACCCAUGAAACAACCAUUUGCAUUGUCGUUUCGAAUGUCAGCCCGCGUCAUACCAUCGCGAGUCAUCGGUGGUAUACUGUCCGAAGACCAACGCGAAACCCGCAGCCAAUUGCACAGUCAGUAUAGUUACAUGAUAGUUUGGGAUUCAAUACACAACGGAGGCUCGCUCGGCUACCGAUGACCAGCGUUGAAGUAACAGAACGGCACCGUCACCAGAGCGGGUCAUGAGCUUUAAGGCAAUCUCGAUGUUGAUAAGUGUUGCCCCGUUUGACUCGUUUGCUGGCGUUGAUUUUAAACCGGCUUCAAGGACUGGGGAAGUGUUGGCUCAAAAUACUUGGGACAUCGAAAAGUCCGGACCCGGUGCGAUUCCAGACACUCUUGCACUACAUCAAGAUCACCUUGCGACUGCGACGCAGGAAAAGCUCACUAUGCAAUGUUUCACUAUGCCCAAAUUCGUAACAACUUAAAUAUUUUCAGAUGUAACAGCACAAAAAUGAGAAAUACAUUUUAUGAGUUAAUGUAUUGUUCUAUUUCCAUUUAAGAUGUACUUUUAUGUAAAUAAUUCUAAGGUUCAUGACUGCGCAGUUGAUUUGACGAUCUGUAACAUGCUUACCAGU